CGGUGGGCGGUGAAAGAACUUUGCUGACUAAGAUGGCGGCUGAGGCGCAGGGUGAAGGGGAGGUGCCCGCCCGCGAAUCGGGUCGGAGUGAUGCCAUCUGCAGUUUUGUUAUCUGCAAUGACUCUUCCCUUCGGGGUCAGCCCAUUAUCUUCAAUCCUGACUUUUUUGUGGAAAAACUCCGACAUGAGAAUCCUGAGGUGUUCACUGAGUUGGUGGUCAGCAAUAUUACAAGGCUCAUCGAUUUACCUGGAACUGAGUUGGCCCAACUAAUGGGGGAAGUGGACCUUAAAUUGCCUGGUGGGGCUGGUCCAGCAUCAGGAUUCUUCCGGUCUCUGAUGUCUCUCAAACGGAAGGAAAAAGGAGUAGUAUUUGGAUCUCCUUUGACAGAGGAAGGCAUUGCCCAGAUAUACCAGCUGAUUGAAUAUCUACACAAAAACUUGCGAGUAGAAGGUUUGUUUAGAGUACCAGGGAAUAGUGUCCGACAACAGAUUUUAAGGGAUGCUCUCAAUAGUGGAACGGAUAUUGACUUGGAAUCAGGGGAGUUUCACUCAAAUGACGUUGCCACCUUGCUGAAGAUGUUUCUUGGAGAGUUACCUGAGCCCCUGCUGACACAUAAACAUUUCCAUGCACACCUUAAAAUUGCUGAUUUGAUGCAGUUUGAUGAUAAAGGGAACAAGACAAAUGUACCAGAUAAGGAGCGGCAGAUUGAGGCUCUUCGGUUGCUCUUCCUUAUUCUCCCUCCACCCAAUCGUAACUUGCUGAAGUUAUUGCUUGAUCUCCUGUACCAGACAGCAAAGAAACAAGACAAGAAUAAGAUGUCUGCCUAUAAUCUGGCCCUUAUGUUUGCACCCCAUGUCCUAUGGCCAAAAAAUGUCACUGCAAAUGACCUUCAAGAGAAUAUCACAAAGUUAAACAAUGGGAUGGCUUUUAUGAUUAAACACUCCCAGAAACUUUUUAAGGCUCCUGCUUAUAUUCGGGAAUGUGCCAGAUUGCACUAUUUGGGCUCGAGGAUGCAGGCAUCAAAGGAUGAUCUUGAUCUGACAGCUUCAUGUCAUACCAAGUCCUUCCAACUCACAAAAUCUCAGAAAUGGAACCGAGUAGAUUCCUACUCCCACGAGGAGACCCAGCAGCGUACAGAUGAGGCACUGAGAGAGCUGUACCAACAUGUUCACAAUAUGCCAGAGUCAGCAAAGAAGAGACAACUUAUUAGACAGUUUAUUAAGCAAUCUGUGACCCAAACACCAGGGCAAGAACCUUCUACUCCCCGGGUACAGAAGAGGGCCCGUUCACGGUCCUUCAGUGGCCUUAUUAAGCGGAAGGUCCUAGGAAAUCCGAUGAUGUCAGAAAAGAAAAAUAAGACCCCUACUCCGGAAUCUGUAGCUUUUGGUGACUUGAAGAGAGCCAGCAAAGAAAAUAUGAACCUAUUAUUUUCUGACUCCCCGCCUGUCAUGAUGACACCAACAAGAUUGAAAUGGUCUGAGGGGAAGAAAGAGGAGAAAAAAGCAUUCCUCUGAAGGAUCCAACCUCUCCUGUCUACCCAGGAUUUUCUCUGCAGCGGGCAGGAGUCAUUACUACUUACAGAGAAGCUUGGACUUGCAGCUUGCUUGCUGCAUUUUGAAUUGUGAAAGUCAGCUAAUCCUGUGACCUCACUGAUACUUCUAACCCCACUCACUGGAUGAUGCCCGUACACUCUGCCUUCUGAACCAGCACUAGCAACUUUCUGUCUUUUUUUUUUUUCCCCCCACUAUUAUGGGAAAAACCACUAACAAGGCAGCUUACACAGCACAGUAAAUGGACAGACAAGGUGGGUUCUAGUGCUUAUUCAGUGUAUUUGCUUAGGCAGAGUGUACUUUUUUUAAUAUGAAAUUUGUGCUUAACUCUGAUUUUUUUUUUUUUUUUUUAACUACUGUCAAUCCCAGUGGAUUGAUGUUAUUUUUAACUGAUAUUUUGGGCUUUUCUGUUUUGAUAGUAUUAUGGGGUUUUUGGUUGUUUCUUGUUUGUUUUUUGUUUUAUUAAAAGCCAUUUUUUGGAAAGGUAAUCUAAAUGGGCUCUAAGGCAGAUAGAUAGAUACCCUUUCACCCUUUUCCACCUCAAGCUUUGGGAAAGCUCUUAAUCUCAUAAGCUAUAUUCUUCAGUACCUUAUUGUGUUCAAAAAAUUUCUAGCUUUCCUAGAAAUUUUAAAUUAUUUCUUGGGUGUGAGAUUAUAGGAUAUUUGAUCUGUGAUCUUGAGAAAGGAGAAUUUAGAAUGUUAAAAUUAUCAAAUUUCGGUUAAGUUGUGUCUCUCCAUCCUUCUCUCCCUUUCCUCAGUGAUGCCAAAAUAGUUGUGUGGUUGCUGAACUCAUUUCCAUCAGUUUCCUCUCACCUAAAACAUUUCUGGUGCCAAUGUAAUACUUCGGUGCCAAAUCACUGUGACUCAGGGAAAGUCACUGACAGCUUUCUAGAGGUUUGCUGAAAGAUCUGUAUGUACGGAAGCUCCGGAGUGUGACUGGGAUGGGCCUGAAUGGCUUCAUGUCCAGGACAACUCCUUACGAAUGGGAUUCUAGUGCAUCCUUCUUAGGGAUCUGGGAUGCGGGCUAGACCACAUCCUUGAGAGCAAGUUGGAGUCGGAGGAAGGAAGUGUGAGCAUUGAUGUUUGCAGGACUGAGAGGACUUAAAGGAGAAAAUGUUCUUUGGGUGCACUUAAGGCUUUCACCAGUGUUUUAAGGAGCUGUUGCUAUACUGACCUCUCCUUGUCAGAUUGCGCAUGGAGAGUGAUUGGUGAUGGGGCCAGACCUCUGACUGGGUUGGGCAUGUCCGUGAGUUUGAGGUGAGCAAUGGCAUGACUUUGACCUGGUGUAAAGCCUCACUGCCUGGAGAGUGGCACAUGGCAGGUAAGAAUGUCUGGUUUGUGCCUACUUCGUUAAGCAGUGGGACAUUCUUGCCUUGUGUGUGGAACUGAGUCAGGCCUCUAUGUGGAAGCAGUUUCUCAACAAAGUAUGAUUUUCUGAUCUGUUUUAAAACUAUUGAAAAUGCUGUGUUAUUUCUGAGACAAAAGAUGACUGGAUUGGGGUUUGUGUCUGGUGUGAGUCCUUUUCUUUAUUUUCUUUCUUUUGCUGCUAUAACAGCGAAAGUAAAGGACCAAUGUGAAAUUUGGCCUUUCAGUGGAUCAUUUGUGAACAGUUGAUGGGUAGGAUUAUAAUGGUGCUUAGAGCCCCUAUCUCGAGAGCAACUUAUAUGAUUCUUUAAGAUACAUAUUAGCUAAUUCAUUGUUGGACUGUUUUUCUUAUUGGGAAAAAAUUAAAUUCCUUGGUACCAGCUAUCACUGAAUUCAAGCAAAAACUUGUUUUAGUAUGACGAGAGUGAUGGAGUGUCCACACUUCCUUUUCUGAUUUGUCUGAGUGUUUCUUUGGAGGAAAGCCUAUUUGCUAUGUUCUGGCAUCAGGUAGAGAGCGCAGAGCAGUGACCUGAUAACCUUUUCAUUCAUUCUGUGGUUGCAUUUGAGGGAGGAGUGGAGAUAUAGAGACAUUCUGGGGAUGAGUGGAAUCGGUAAGCCAGGCUAGUGUUCCAGGCUGGUGUGGUGAGAGAGGUGUUUGUCACAUGCACAUGCUUUUAGAUAGCUCGCCCCUUGGGCAGUUUAUGUGAUACUCGGGUAAUGUGUGUUUCAUUGGAGUUAUUUAUUGAGUAUGCUGUCCCUUGCGUUAAGGGUAUGAUAGGUCAUUUUUUUUACAGAAGCUGUGAUCUAGUUGGAAUCUGGAUUUGAAGAAAAAAGAACAUAACCUUCUACCUUGCAGUAUGUGACUAUUCUAAUCCUGUGGAGUGUUAUGGGGAACUCAAAGAUAAAAAAGCCUUUUAUCAUUUGCUACAGAAGGGUACUAUCUCCCUUCUGACUUGGUGGGUGGGUAUUUUUGAGCCAGUAUUUUUUAAAAUUUAAAAAAAUUAAAAAAAUUUUGAUUUUAAAACAAUUUUUUAAAAAAUCCAUGUUUUUAAAUUUGUUUUGUCAUGUUUAUUUUUCAUGUUGGUAUAAUCUCUUUGAAAAUGCUUCUUGCACCUUUUAAAAUUUCAUUUCUUUCUGAGUUGAAUUGCGAUAAGGUUUGAUGUGGUGUCAGGAGGAGGCAGAAUAUUUGUGGCAGAGAACACAAGCAUAAAAAUGCCAACCACAUCCCCUUGAUUCAGGUUUGCACUGGGUGAGCUUCACCAGCUGGAUCUGUGAAAACCGUAGAUGCUGGAGUUUCUAGUCUUUUACAGCUAUGGGCCUCCACACUGGGACCAAUGACUGUGGUUUGAGAAACUCCACUGCAGCAAUGAAAGAGAAUUAGGGGGCACUGACUGUACCUGAGUGCCAAAACCUAGUAAAGGAGCCGGUACUUAACGAGCCAUAACUGAAACUAUGUUGAUCCUCCAUAAAGGAAAGUUCUUUGCCUUGAAUGUCCUUCCAGAGUUAGUCAGGAAUGACAUGGGAACACCCUUGGGAAAUGAGUAAUGCAGGGCUGUUGACAGCAGUGGUCCCUGGAUGUUCUGGCGGGGUCUUGUUUCACCUGCGUGUGAAGCCAGUUGAUCCCGGAAUGAGCAGAGCCAUCUGUUCUCCUCAAGAGCCGUGUUUCUCCUCAGCUUUCCUCAUUGGCACCUGUGUUAGAUACGGUUUAAAAUGCUGCCUUCUCGGAGAGUCUGUGGUCACUGGGGCUGUGCCCCACACUGACUCCCUGUGUGACCUUGCAGAACUGGGGCAGCCAAUUUUGGGAAGGGACUUCUCCAGACUGUCUGCUUUCUGUCUUCAUGCCAGGCCCUUGCACAGGUGCUUGAAGCUGGUGGCUCUUAUUCUGCUCUUUUGAAGUUGAAUUCCUGUUCCUAGGAAAGAGCUCAUCCUUGUCCUCCUUUACCCUGAAACUUCUGCACUGAAGAUAGGACCUUGGGUCUAAAUCUGAGUUUCCAGCAUUUGGCAGGAUUGUCCUGGCAUUUGGGAAAGAUUUGGAUUCCUAAGAGAACUUUUCAAGCCAGUGGGGAUUAACCCAAUCCUAAACUCACUAUGGAAAGCCCGAGAUCUUUCCACCAGUGGAGAGUUGGUGGAGGGGCUAGUGAGGAGCUGGAGUGCCAGGGUUACCAUGGAAACUGGAGUGUGUGAGGCUGCAGCCUAGCUGGCUCAGGAGCCAUUGAGCACUCCCCUAGGCGUGUUUAGCGACCAGCAGGACUUGUUGGGAAAACAUUUCCCAGUCACAGGGUCCUUUCUUCAUAGCAGGGGUUACUUUUGCCCGAUCCCUGAGCUUGCUCAGCAAGAGAAGCAAGGUUUCCUAUUUCACUUCACUGUUUUUAAAUUUUCAUUCUUAUUUGACUGUUAUAUAUAAGUGUGUAUGUAUGUAAUGGAAUAUGUAAAGAAACAAUUAUAUGCAUUGUUUUCCUUUUAUAUUCAUGUCAUAUUCUAAAAUUAAAUUUCUUUUCAUACUCAUAGGCUUUGAGUGGU